GAAUAGGAAGAAAACAAAUUCAUUCUUAUCUCUUGCAUCAGUACUGAGUGUGAGCAUUCUAUAUCAUAUUCUCUAGUCACAUUCAAGCAACGGAGUACAUUCAUAUCUCUGGAGUAACUUAACGUUUCAGAGUCUUUUUCAAAUAAUGGAUCACUGGUUUCUUUCUCGCCAAUUCUCCAUUCUCCCUCUGCGUAUUAGUUAAAUCAGGUAGGAUUUGAUCAUUUAAGCUUUGAUGAAAACUUCACCGUUGAAUGAAGUAGAUUGUUUGGCACAUGGUAUCGUCUAGCCUAUGCAAACACUUAAAAUUUUUCUCCGUUCUACUCAACAAGUGUGUUUAGCAAGGUUUAAGAAAGUUGUAUAUAUUGGAAUAAAUUGAUGGAGUGUCUCUUGGGUUUUGUAACUUCUUUUUCAAGAGAUUUAGUGUGUGGAGCAUUAAAUCAAUUACGUUAUCCUUGUUGCUUUAAAAAUUUCGUCAAAAGACUUGAAGAAGAAGAGAGCAAUUUGAUUAUAACGAAAGAUAGUGUCCAAAAAUUUGUUACACAUGACAAGAAACAAGCGAGAAAGCCCAGUGAAAUUGUGGACAAGUGGUUGGAAGAUGCUAUCAAUGAUGUACACAAUGUAAAUCAGUUGCUGGAAGAGGCAAGAACAAAAAAACAUUGUUGCUUUGGGCACUGUCCAAAUUGGAUUUGGCGAUACCAUGUUGGAAAAAAGUUAGCAAAUAAAACUAUGGACCUCGAAAAGUUCAUUGAAAAGGGUAGAAAAUAUGUGCCAUUUGACCGCAUCGCUACGCUUCCUUCAAACACUCUUGAUAUGCUUUCAGAAAAAUGCAUGAAUUUUGAGAGUAGACAAUAUGCUUAUGAGCAACUACUGGAUGCAGUGAAAAAUAGUGAUGUUUCCAUGAUUGGAUUGUAUGGGAUGGGAGGUUGUGGUAAAACAACAUUAGCAAUGGAGGUUAGAAAAUUAGUAGAAGCAGAGCAUAUUUUUGAAAAAGUUCUUUUUAUAGCUGUUUCUAGUACCGUGGAAGUUCGGAGGAUUCAAGAAAAAAUAGCAAGUUCACUACAAUUUGAAUUUCCAGAAACCGAAGAAAUGCAGAGAGCCCAAAGAUUGUGCUCAAGAUUAACUCAAGAGAAAAAUAUUUUUAUAAUUCUAGAUGAUGUGUGGGAAAAGCUUGACUUUGGUCGUAUUGGGAUUCCUUCUUUUGAACACCAUAAAGGCUGCAAGAUUUUCAUUACCACUAGAUCAGAAGCAGUUUGUACUUUAAUGGAUUGUCAAAGAAAGAUUUACUUGCCAAUUUUAACGGAUGAAGAAGCAUGGACUCUUUUCCAAAAUAAAGCACUUAUAUCAGAAGGCACCCCUCAUACCUUAAAGAAUCUGGGAAGAUUAAUUUCCAAUGAAUGUAAAGGAUUGCCUGUUGCCAUUGCAGCUGUUGCUUGUAGUUUGAAGGGAAAAACUGAGACAAUAUGGAGUGUUGCAUUAAAUAAAUUAAGACGUUCCAAGCCAAUAAAUAUUGAAAGAGGUUUGAUUGAUCCCUACAAGUGUCUACAACUGAGCUAUGAUAAUUUAGAUACUAAAGAAGCUAAAUCACUUUUCCUGUUGUGCUCUGUGUUUCCUGAAGAUUCUGAAAUUCAAGUUGAAAUUUUAACAAGAUGUGCAAUAAGAUUAGGUGUAGUUGGAGAAGUUGACUCAUAUGAAGAGGCAAGGAGUGAAGUGAUUGCAGCUAAAAUUAAGCUUGUUAGUUGUUGUUUAUUGUUGGAUGGAGAUAAUGAACGUGUCAAAAUGCAUGACAUAGUUCGUGACGUGGCCCACAUAAUAGCACAAAAUGAGAAUAAGAAGAUCAAGUGUGAAGUGGAAAUAGAUGUUACAGUGGAACAAAAUUCUGUAAAAUAUCUAUGGUGUUCCAAAUUUCCAAAUGAUUUGGAUUGCUCUAAUCUUGAGUUUUUAUGCUUACAUACAAUUAUGAAAGGAUUUGAAGGAAUUUUCAAAAGAAUGGGAAAGCUCAAAGUUUUGCUUCUUGGCAACGAUGAGGAUGAAAAAACUCCAUUGUCAACUACAUCUUUGAAAACAUUAACAAAUCUUCGAGAUCUAUUCAUUUUCAAUUUUGAAUUGAGCGACUUCUCAUUUUUAAGCGGUAUGAAGAAUCUUCAAACUCUCUCGUUAUAUGAUUGUUCACUGCCUUCAUUUCCUGAAUUUCAAACCGAUGUUGCAAUUACACUAAAAUUGUUAGAGUUGAAUGAAUGUUACAUUAAAGUGAAGAAUUUUGAAGUGAUGAAGAGAAUCCCUCUUUUGGAAGAGUUGUACAUUAUUGAUAUUACAGGAGAAUGGUAUGCUAACAGUGAAGACAAUAUUGAAUUCUUUAAGACGUUUAGCAUUCCCAAAACACUACAAAGGUAUGGAAUUGUAUUAGGGUCUGAUAACUUUUAUCAUUAUAAUGAUAGAGAUAUUUAUAUUCAUAGCAGAACUUUAUUACUUAACCAUUUUGACAUAUCAAAAAAUGAGGUAAUAAAGGGUUUGGCAAAAAAAGCAAAGGAUCUAUUUGUACGAAAUAUUCAUGGAGGUGCAAAAAAUAUGAUCCCUGAUAUAUUUGAAAUUGAAGGAGGAGGUUUGAAUGAUUUGAAUACGUUGGAGAUACGUGAUUCUGCAGGGAUAAAGUGUUUGAUUGACACUCGUAGUCACUCGAGUGAGGUGGUAACUCUCUUCUCCAAGUUGCAUACGUUGGAAAUGAAGCGCAUGGAAAAUCUAAAAGCUAUUUGGCAUUGUUUUCUUCCUGCCAAUGGACCUUUUGAGAACUUAGAGAACUUGUAUUUAAGUAAUUGUCCAAGGUUGACAUUUCUCUUCACAUAUGUGGUUGCUCGAAAUUUGGUACAAUUGAAAAUAUUAAAAAUAUCAGGAUGUGAUGAACUGAAGCAUAUAUUAACAUAUGAUGAGAAAAGUCAAGAUGAAUUCACCACAGGGCAUCCUAUACAAAUCUUCCAGAAUCUGCUAGAUGUAAAGAUAAAAAGGUGUCGAGAACUAAAACAUAUAUUCCCAGCCAACAUUGUUGGAGGCUUAACUCAAUUGAAAGUUCUCGAGAUAAGAGAAUGUGACAUGCUAGAUCAAAUAAUUGGAGAUAUUGUUCCAUUAACAGAGCAGGAUAGAAAACAAGAACUUGAUGAAAUCGUUGAGGAAGGAACUCUUCCCAGUCUUACAAGUCUUAAGAUAACAUAUUGUGGAAAGUUAGACUCAAUUUUUACAGCAUCUAAAGCUAAGACCUUGACUUCUUUGGAAGAAUUGUUCAUAGAAGACUGCAAAAGUUUGAAGGAUAUAGUAACUCACGAAAGAGUCAAUAAAAAUCAGGAGGAAAGCAUUGUUGAGGAUGAGCAUAUUAGUGAAUGUGACUCAUUGGAAGUAGUCUUUCCAAAUUGGACAGGUCCCAAGAAUUCACUUACUCUCCAACAUCUUACCAUAUUAACAAUAUGGAAAUGUGGAAAUAUGGAAGUAAUCUUUCCAAAGUCUGUUGUAAGAUGCUUACCAGAGUUAAAGAAAGUAACCAUAAGAGAGUGCAUGGAAUUGAAGCAGAUCAUCGAAGAAGACGAGUCCAAUCUUCUUUCCAUAGAUGGAGGCUUUGAAGUAGAGGAGAUUAUUGGAUGUGAUAAAGAAGCUUCAAAGAAUUAUUUUGCCUUCCCAAAUCUUGAAAAACUAGAAAUAAUUGAAUGUGAGAAAUUGGAAGUAGUCUUUCCAAAGUCUAUUUUAAGAUGCCUACCAAAGUUGAAGCUUUUGAAGAUAAGUCAAUGCAAAGAAUUAAGUCAAAUCAUUGAAGAGGAUAAAAAUUUGUCUAAUAUUCUUUCUCCUCAACCAUGCUUCCCAAAACUAGAAGCAUUGCAUGUUGAUGAUUGUCACAAGUUGAAAAGAUUAUUCUCUGGAUCUGCUUCUAAUGACCUUCCCAAUCUUCAUCUUCUGGCCAUAAAUGGAACAUAUGAACUAGAAGAGCUUGUUGGAUGUAAACAAGGAAAGACUAAAGUUGAGCUUCCAAGACUCAAACUUUUAAUAUUUAUGCAUCUUCCAAACUUCCGUCAGGAAAUUGAAUUGCGUGAUUUAAAGAAUUGCAUUAUCUACAAAUGUCCCAAACUCUCUUUGACUUCAACAACUACUCUUGAGAAGCUCCUUGAAGAUUUUCCUCACAAAGAUUUCAUACACACUGAACUUGGUCCUUCGGAACUUAAAGGCAUAGUAAGAUCCAUAUAUGAAUAUUCAACUUUUAAUGGUAGCAGUGAGUUCACUUCAUCACAGGAGAUUGAGGUUGUAGGAAAUGAGAACAUUGAAGAGGGCCCUUUAGUAGAAGGUUCUAAGACAAAAUCCUCAUCCACUGGUGUUGAAGACAUUGGCAUUGGAAGUGGCGUUGAAGACAUUGGCAUAUAUGAAGAUUCAACUAGUGGUAGCAGUGAAUUGACUUCAUCACAGGAGAUUGAGGAUGUAGGAAAUGAGAGCAUUAAAUCUUCAUCCACUGGAGUUGAAGACAUUGGCAUUGGAGGUGCAACUCACAUUGAGUCUGGUGGCGAGGACAUACUUGCACUAGAUUCCAAGGUAGUUGAACAAGAUGAUAAGAUGAAUGAAGGCAAGCCAGGAAUAGUGGCAAGCCAAGGAAUCCAAGUACAAGAAGGGUUGAACCUUUUGCAUAAACAAGAUGGAACAGAUGUUGUUCCUAACAACAACAUUGACAUUUCUUCAGAUAUCUGUACAAGAUUGGGAGCAUAUAAACAUUUUGCUGAUCUGGAUGAUGCACAGAUUUCUCUUCUGGUGGAGGCAAUAACAACAUAUCCUCAUCUCUGGAAUGCUUCCAAGAAGUUUAGUGAGCGUUUUCAAGCUUGGAGGUUGAAAAUUUUGGCAGAUAUGUUGUUGUUCCUCCAGAAGGAAAGUGUGGAUAGUAUUAUUCCUCAAAGAGAAAAAGAGUUCCAUAAACUAUGUGAAGAAGCUAUUGAAAUUGGAUUUGAGAGUUCAUGGGUAGAGGAAAUGCGUCAACGUGUUGUGGCGAGGGAUCCUAAGUUGGAAGAGGACAUUGCUAAGAGACAAAUGGAUGAGAAUUCUAAGAGCAAUUUAAGUUUGUUAAACAGGUGUAGUAGUGGGGACGUUGUUGAAGAAGGCGAUGGGCCUAAGAUUAGAUUGGAAGAAGGUUCUGACUUGGUUGAUAAAGAAGGUGAAGUAGGUGUUGUUUCUAAUGACCACAUUUUGGCUCCGAGAAAUGAAGAACCAGAGCAUGAAUUUGUUGCAGAAGUUUCCACUUCAGAAAUACCAAGAAUAGCAACAUCAUUAACAAAUUCGCAAACAGUUGAAAAGCAAACUCCAAGUCAUUUGUAUAUUCCUGUACGUGAAACAUCCUCAAAUGCUUUGGUGGAUACAAAGCAGACUAGUGAACCGUGUCUGAUGAAGCAGAAAAAACCACUUGGUGAAAUUCCUAAGAGUAUUGAUCAAGUUGUUGAAGAGGAAACCAUAGCAAAGAACACCGAUAUGGCAGCUUCAUCAAUUCUUUCCGACUCCACCACCUCUAAGUUGGAUACAACAGUUACUUUACAACGUAAAUCACAUCCACAUAGUGAAAUUAGGAGCAGCCAAAAUGUGGUACGCAUUACUAAAGAAAGUGAAGGCCAUCUUGAACUCAUUCAAGACUUUGGGGGCAAUGAUAUGAUUGCAAUUUCUUUGGGGAAAGAGGGUGAUGAUAAUAUAGUUGUAAAGACCCUUGUUGAGCUGGAAAACUAUCUCAAGAUGUCUCUCAAGGACAUAGUUAGUUCUGAGACUAACGCCCUCCGUCUUUUUUCUACUCUUAAUUUCCUGUCCAACCUUCCUUUCAAAGAUGUGACUCUAUCAGAUCGACUCAAACACAUUAUAAAGACUAUGCACCAACACUUCCCAACCAUUCUAUGCUCCUUUAAGCAACGCUUUGCUACCACUGACAAGUUGGCAGAACUUGAAGCUCGUCAGAAUGAGGUGGCCAUUAAAAUUUUUGAGGCUGAGAAUUUCAAUGAUGAAGCUCGACUGAAGGAAGUGGUUUUGAAGGAAGAAAUCAUUAGGUUGAAGGAAGAAAUAAAAGUUUGUGAGGCUGCCUUAUCAUCUCUGGAUGAGGGAAAAAAUAAAUGCAUUGUGGAAACUAUAAGGUACAAAAAGGAGCUUGAAAAUGUGAGAAAAAACAAAUCUCAAAUGGUGAAAGAUCAAAGAAAAGUUGAACAAGAAUUGUUUGAAGUUGCUUAUAAAUGGUCAGUUCUCUGUAGUGAAUAUGAGCUCAAUCGAAUUGCUGCAAGAAAUCCCUCCUGAAAGUUUUCGUUGUUCAUUGUUAUUAAGACUUCCAAAUUACAGACUUCAAACUAGUAGACUAAAUUUGCUAAGGAGUGUUAGAUGUACAAAGAUUAUAAUAGUCACAAGUCGAAUAUGAUAAGAUAAAGUUAGAUGAAACAUAAAAAACAAAUAUAAAAGA